AAUUCGAAAACUAAUCACGUCUCCCUCCCCUCCUAAAACAAUCUCCUUAAAUCAUUUCAGACAGAUUAGCACCACCGUCUCAUCCCCCAUCAACUAUCCAUCCUGAACCCUCUGCUUUUAUUCCAAUCAAAUUAUAUUAAUCCCUCGUCAUCCCUCCUACUUUGCUGAUCCCUCGAGGUUCAUACUAUUCUAAGUAGUACUUAACAGAAGCGUUAGAUCAUCAUUUUUCACCUCCAACAAGAUGAUGCCAUCAUCUCGCAAGCCUCCACUGGCCAGAUCCCCAAUCCACCUUCGCCUCCGACCUCGCCGUCCUCUUCAGUCCAAUACAAACACCAUCCAAACCCCACCAGGUUCUUUAACGAAAUCCCAGUUGCCUAAAGGUGCUUGUGAGAUUGAAGAACUGGAAUUGGGUGUUCGCCCAGAGUACCGUACCAUUUCUUGUGAAUUGAGGGCUUUGGCAGAAAUGGUGCAUCAGGAGUUUUCCAGCGCAGACUGGGCUGAUGCUGGUUUGGUUGGUACUAGCAUGAGUGUUAAUAGGAGUACUUUGUUUGAAAGGGGAAGGUUCUAUGAGGAGUACUCCGCGAGAAGGAACGAGAGGUUGAAGAGGAAGAAGGUGGGGGAAACAGGGGAUGGGAAGAAGGCCGGGCAUGGUUAUGAUCUUGGUGUCAGGGUUGAGUCCGCUAAAAGAAGAGGGGAGGCCAAGAGGUUUGAAAGCUUGAGGAAAACGGUUCCUUCUUCUCCAACCGUGGACAGGAGUCAGGCUUCAAGCUCCAGGUAUUUGCUGAGGAGCACUACCAGUAAGGAGAACAAGAAGCCACCUUUGGCUUUUGCAAAUGUUGAAAGAUCUGUUGGGGUGGGACAGCAGAAAAUUGGAGUCAGACGGGGUAGGAAAAUUUGAGGUUUAAAUUCAGAUUGUGGAGAAAUUGGAGUUUUUUUUUUUUUUUUUUGGUUUCUGAAUUUGUUUUGCUAGCUUUCCAAUGGUAGAUUUAGUUUCUAAAGUGAAAAUUUGAGGAUUGAAAAUUGGAAGAUUAAUAUAUAUAUAUAUAUAUAUAGUACUAUUAGUAACUAAUAUAUGAAUGUUAUGAUGCUUUGCUGACUUUCGAAAUUAGAGGCUAUGUAACUCAUAGCUCAAAUGUAAUUAUCUGAUGUUGGUGCCUAAAUGGAAUUUUGAGCCUUCACUUGCUACAUUCUGCGAA